AACUUGGGAGAUCGGGCAUGUCUUAGCUGUACAUCCCUGAGGCUGGCAAACAAAAUGGCUGUCCACUUUAAAUAUUGCACUAGUGUCCCUCCUGUUUAUGCAUACUCCAAAAAAGGCCGCUACUGUUGUUGGACUAAAGGGUCUGAACAAAUCUAUUUUACUCUUACACGCUUUUCUGGCUCAUGGACACCACUAGCAACCAUGGGUGUUUUAGGUCCUCAGUAUCUUCCAGUUAGAUGGUGGCACUCUUCACGUCCCCUUCAAGACGACUCCAUAGUUGAAAAGUCACUGAAGUCCUUAAAGGACAAAAACAAGAAAUUAGAAGAAGGAGGUCCUGUGUAUAGCCCAACAGAAGUGGAAGUUGUGAAAAAAUCUCUUGGAGAGAGGAUUGUGGAUGAACUGAAGCAUUACUACCAUGGUUUUAGAUUACUGUGGAUUGACACAAAAAUAGCUGCAAGGAUGCUCUGGCGAAUCCUUCAUGGAAACACUUUGUCUCGUCGAGAACGGAGACAGUUUCUUCGAAUAUGUGCUGAUCUCUUCCGCUUGGUCCCUUUCCUAGUUUUUCUUGUUGUCCCAUUUAUGGAAUUUUUGCUUCCAGUAGCUCUGAAGUUGUUCCCUAAUAUGCUUCCGUCUACAUUUGAGACAAAGUCUAAAAAGGAGGAAAGAUUGAAGAAAGAAUUGAGAGUAAAGCUUGAACUGGCUAAAUUCCUUCAAGACACAAUUGAGGAGAUGGCCUUAAAAAAUAAAGCAGCCAAGGGAAAUGUUACUAAAGAUUUUUCAGCAUUCUUUCAAAAGAUCAGGGAAACGGGCGAAAGACCCAGUAAUGAGGAGAUCUUAAGGUUCUCUAAACUGUUUGAAGAUGAAUUGACUCUGGACAAUCUAACUAGGCCACAGUUGGUGGCACUUUGUAAAUUGUUGGAACUUCAGUCAAUUGGGACAAAUAACUUUCUCCGCUUCCAGCUAACUAUGAGGUUGAGAAGCAUAAAAGCGGAUGACAAAAUGAUUGCUGAAGAAGGAGUUGAUAGCCUGACUGUUAAAGAACUGCAGGCAGCUUGUCGUGCUCGAGGUAUGAGAGCUCUUGGUGUGACAGAGGAACGUCUUAAGGAACAGCUCAAACAGUGGCUAGAUCUGCACCUGAACCAGGAAAUUCCUACAUCGUUGCUUAUUUUAUCCAGAGCCAUGUAUCUUCCAGAUACCCUUUCUCCAGCUGAUCAGCUCAAAACAACACUUCAGACACUACCAGAGAGUGUUGCCAAAGAGGCUCAGGUCAAAGUGGCAGAAGUUGAGGGUGAAAAAGUAGAUAACAAAGCACGACUGGAAGCAACACUUCAGGAGGAGGAGGCCAUCAGAAAAGAAAACGAAGAAAAGGCGAUGGAAAGAGUAUCUGAAGCUGCAGAUAAAGCCAAAGAAACCCUUCAAGUUGCAGCUGUGAAAGAGGUGGAAUCAGCAGUAGAUCUUGAAGCACCUGCUCUGCAAGUUAAAAAAAGUCAGAUGGCUGUGGAUACUGAACAAGACCUGGCAAGGGCAGAAAUGGCCAUGAACUCGGAAACACUGAAAGAUACAGCACCAGUAUUGGAAGGCAUUAAGGGCGAGGAAAUCACUAAGGAGGAGAUUGACAUGCUGAAUGAUGCUUGCACCAAACUGCAGGAACAGAAAAAAUCACUAACAAAGGAAAAAGAGGAGCUUGAGGAAUUGAAGGGUGAUAUCCAGGAGUAUAAUGAGGAUUUGCAAGAGAUAAAAGAGCUCUCUAAAACUGGCGAGAAAGAGGUAGUGGAAGAGUCAAAAGCAAGCAAGCGAUUGACCAAGAGGGUGAACCGAAUGAUUGGUCAGAUAGACAAAAUUAUUAAUGAAUUAGAGACAAACCAAAAAAAAGUGGAUGUAAAACUGGAUGGUGGUGAUAGUCCUCCUGCUGGGGAGAAUCUCAUCAGUAUUACUGAGCUAAUUAAUGCGAUGAAACAAAUUCAGAAGAUUCCAGAGGAGAAGCUAACUAGGAUUGCAGAGGCACUAGAUGAAAACAAGGAUGGCAAAAUUGAUAUAGACAAUGUUGUUAAGGUAGUAGAAUUGAUUGACAAAGAAGAUAUUGAUAUAGGCACCAGCCAAGUUGCUGAGAUUAUGGCACUGCUUCAAAAAGAAGAAAAACUGGAAGAAAAAGAGAAAGCAAAGGAGAAACAUGAUAAAGAAGCUGUGGAAGCAAAGAAUUAAGCUUCAGAAUCUGAAGCUGAUCCCAAUUGUAACCAAAACCUUGUAUAUCUUUCUGUGUCUGAUAGCUACAUAUUAUUAAAGCUUUUGUGAUUAUGGAAAGUAUUUUGAGCUGAUUCUAGUAAUAAAUUGUAGAUAUGUUUUCUGA